UGAGGUUAUGUCCGUUUAUUGUGUUCUUAUUGGUUUUUAUUUUACACAAAAUGGGAUAAUUCACACAAUUUAAACGACUUUUAUUCAAAUUUUAAAUAAGAAGACACAAUUCUAGGUCCCAAUGGAACUCUCCACACAUCUAAGUACAUUCCCACACCCUUUCAACUGCGAAAACAGCCCCAUUGAAGGCUACUACUGCAAAGACUGCGAAUUCCGCACCGACCUAACCCUACUUUUCAAACAACACGUCGCUAAACACUGCCUCAUCAAAAAAGACCACAAAGAAAACGAAAUCGUCAUCCACAACUACAUUUGUGAAAAAUGCAACUUUGAGACCCAUUUUGUGAUCAAGUGGCUCCAGCACACCACUACGUGUUUCACUAGUGGCGCAAAUUCCCAUGUAUUAAGUUGCACCAUAGACGCCCGGAAAAAUGUGGUCAAAUGGUACAACUGCAAACACUGCGGACGCAUGUUCAAGCAAAAAGGUAACAUGAAGACCCACGAAAUCCUAAUGCACUCGAGCGACGACGAGUUGUGUUGGUACAACUGUACACAGUGUUCGUACAAGUGUAAACGAAAAAAGCACUUGGAAAGACACAUUUAUUUCCGGCAUAUGGACACCCAGAAUAUUUCGUGGUACGAAUGCAAAAAGUGUCCCUAUAAAACUAAAAGUAACUCGGCUUUGAAGCGGCACAUAAUCGCGCGACAUGUAGACGAGCAAGACAUUAAGUGGUACUAUUGUGAAAAGUGUCCAUACCGGAGUAAAGCCAGUAGCGACUUAAAACGGCACGUGAAACUGCGCCAUUUGGAUGAAGGGAACAUUAAAUGGUACAAAUGUGACAAGUGCCCCUUUAGAGGUAAACACAAACUGUCUUUAAACACACACAUUAAUGCGUACCAUUUGGACGAAAAGGAUAUUAAAUGGUAUGAAUGCAAAAAGUGCCCAUACAAAGCUAAACAAAAAGGGAAUUUGAAACAACACAUAGUGGCUCGGCAUUCCAGUGAACAGGAUAUUAAAUGGUAUCACUGCGAGAAGUGUUCAUAUAAAGCUAAAGCCAACAGCGUUUUGAAAAUACACAUAAAAGCGUGCCAUUUGGACGAACGGGAGAUUAAAUGGUAUGAGUGUAAAAAUUGUCCAUACAAAGCUAAACGGAACUGGCAACUGAAGCAGCACAUAAAUGCCCAUCAUUUGCAGGAACAGGACGUUAAAUGGUACAAGUGUAACAAGUGUCCACAUAAAGCCAAGCAAAAGUCGAAUUUAAAAAAACAUAUAAAGGCGCGCCAUUUACGCGAAUAAAGUAAUAGAAAGUAAUAGGAGUUUUAUCCAGUGAUUGAAAAAGGUACAUCGUGUGUGUAUAGUGUGUUGCAUACACAAUGAUGGCGAAUGCGCGUGAAGGCCAGUGGCGACUCGUCAGAUAAGGCGACAGUGAAUUGGAUAACUUAAAAAGGAAACUUUACUCCCCGAGCAUAAGCUAGUCUGUGUGGAUUUUUAUUAGACAAAUAACCUAAACUA